AUCAGACCACGAGUAGAAACAACGAAAGUUGUUUAUUUCGGAUACAUUUCUUAGAGAUAGCUCAAAAUAUGAAUAUUUCUGUUUGACUGUCUUUUGAAGUGUUCAUUCAAAUACAACUGAAAUGAAAUACGAUACCACCGACUAUUGGGCACGACUAGUGCGGUCAUUUACUGUGCUUUUACUUACAUGUGACAUCUACAAUUUCAAUGUUGUUGAAGGAGUUAACCCAGAAGUGGAGCAGCACUUAGAAAUGGGAAAGAAGUUGUUAGCAGCUGGUCAAUUGGCUGAUGCCCUUUCUCAUUAUCAUGCUGCAGUUGAUGGUGAUCCAGACAACUACUUAACAUAUUUUAAAAGAGCAACUGUGUUUUUGGCCUUGGGCAAGUCACGUUCAGCCCUGCCUGACCUGAACAAAGUGGUGGAACUAAAGCCAGACUUUACUGCUGCCAGAAUGCAGAGAGGAAAUGUGUUGAUGAAACAAGGCAAGCUUGCUGAGGCCUUAAUGGAUUUUACAGAAGUUAUUAAUAGAGAACCUGCCAACAAUGAGGCCAUAGAAAAGGCUGAAAUUGUGAAACCUCUAAGAGAAAGUAUAGAGCAGGCCAAAGUUUUAUUUGAGCAACGUGCCUAUCAAGAUGUUAUAGUGCUCCUAGAGAAACCCAUUGAACUAUGUCCAUGGGACACCGACUUACGAGAAAUGCGGGCUGAGGCUUACAUAGCACAAGGAGAAUAUUUUAAAGCAAUCAGUGACAUAAGACCAACAGCAAAGCUUAUGCCAGACAACACAAAAGCAUACAUGAAAAUGAGCACCUUGCAUUAUCAAAUGGGAGAAGAAGAAGAAAGUCUUUUACAAAUUAGAGAGUGCCUUAAAUUAGACCCAGAUCAUAAAGAGUGCCACAACCAUUACAAGAAAGUUAAAAAAUUAGUCAAGCAGUUACAAGAAGCACAAGAACUAAAGAAUAACGGCAACCACGAUGAUUGUAUUACUAAAGCACAUAGUAUUUUAAAGACAGAAUCCAAUGUGAUGCCAUUUGUACUAAGAGCCAAAUCAUUUAUUUGUCAUUGCCAGGCACAGUCAGGUAAAGUAGAUGAAGCUUUGAAGUCUUGUAGCGAGGUCAUCCAAAUUGAUCCAGGUAACAUAGAUGCUAUGGUUGAUAAAGCUGAAGCACUUAUGGCAAAUGAAGACUAUGAAUCAGCCAUUCGAGAAUUACAAGAGGCACAAGAGAUUGACCAGAACUCAAGAAGAGUUCAAGAUGCAUUGAACAAGGCACAGAAAUUACAAAAACAAUCUAAGAAAAGAGAUUACUACAAAAUUUUAGGUGUAAAAAGAAAUGCUUCAAAGAAAGAAAUACUUAAAGCUUAUCGCAAACUUGCUGUGAAAUGGCAUCCUGAUAAACAUGAGGGUCCUGAAAAAGAAAAGGCACAGAAAGUGUUCAUAGAUUUAGCAGCAGCCAAAGAAGUUCUCACAGAUCCAGAAAAAAGACAAAGGUUUGACAACGGUGAAGAUCCUCUUGAUCCAGAAGAGCAGCACGGAGGUCACGGAAAUCCAUUCUUCCACCAAGGCUUUAAUCCAUUUGGCAAUGGCGGUUUCACAUUUAAAUUCAACUUCAACUGACAAUAGUAUAUUUUAGGUAGCAUAUGUAUCUAUAAUAGAACAUGUAGGCUUCUCAGCUCUCAACAGAACUUACUGAAUUGUGAGGAUCAAAAUGACAUUGGGGGUAUGGGGUAAAUUGAAAAUAAAACCACCUGCUCAUUGGAACUAAGACUAAUACAACUCUUAUUGCACUAGUACUGUUGAGAGGUGCGUUUUAUUUAUUAUGCAUUGUUUGGAUACAAUAGUUUAAUAUUUUCUGUUUUUGAAGGCUUAUAUUUGACACAAGGGUCAUAGAUUUCCUUUAAGUUAUUUUCAUUACAUAACAACUCACUUAAGUUUAUUAUAGUGAUCUUUUAAAACAAUGGCUCAAGUUUACAUCAAAUUGAAAACAGUAUAUCAUAGCUUUCAUUUUUUUUAAACUUACAUCAUAUUCUCACUUCAAAACUUUAAAAAACCACUAAAAAACUGAUAAUAUUAAAACAAUACACACUCAAGUUAAAAUUUAAAUUCAGGUUUUUACUGAAUUUUAUUUUUUAAAGUUACAAAAAAAGUAGAUGCUGCUUAUUGAUAUGCUCAAUCAAAUUGUUUGUAAACCUUAAAUUUAAGAAUUAAAGUUACGUGGAAUUAAUAGUAAUUUUACCAGUUGUUUUAAUAUUUUCUAUAAGCUUUUUGACUCAGGAGAGCUUCACAAUGUUAGCCUGUGGGGCAGCUUGUUAUUCUAACCAUAAUGCUGAUGUAGAUGGUUUACCAAGGUUUUAAACAUGUUAUAUUUAAUAUGUAUGGUUUUUUAUCCUGAUGAAACUAGAGUGAUGUCAAAUGUUCAUUAUUUGAUAAUGAAUGUGUAUGUGAACAUGUAUAGACUAACUUAUUUGUUCCAUCAAAGGUGUGUCAUUCAUUCAUUAUGUUUAACUCCUAGUUUUUAUAAAACUUACAAUCCUUGAGUUUACAUGUUAUACCUACUGUUUGCACUUGACUUUUGGGCUGCUUUAAGUUUAUAUAUAAAUAGAUGUCCAUGUCAAGAAUGAUCUAAAAACACAAAAUGGUGAGUUUUUAAAAGUGGGGGAAAAGUCAUUCAGAUGGUAAAUAAAUUGAGAUAAAUUAGAUAUAUUUGAGAUUUUAUGAUUCAUUUGCCUGAUGAUACAAAUAAAUUAGCAAAACAAAAAUGUUAUGUCUUAAACUAAAUACUUUCAAUGAUGUAUGAAAGACAAGCUUAAGUUGCACCAUUAACUGUAGAAUGUCUGGAGUGUGAGAAGUGUUUUAAUGACCGCAACAGUUUGCCAUAACAAGUAACUGCUGCACCAAUUUUUUAGUGCUUCAUCUGUAUGUCUGCAGUUUUCCCCUGCUUGUGUGUAAUAUUUACCUUGAACAAGACAUAAGGUCAGCUGUUUUUGGUGCUUCUAUAUUUAGUAUUAAAAUUGUGAUAAGAAAAUCAGUACUAUAUUUGGUUUAUUUUUCUACGGUUCUUUUGUCACGAUUGAAGAGUAUGUUGAAUAUUUGUGGAAUUCUGUUAUGUGCACUGUAUAUUUCUGGAUUAUGCAAUAAACAUGUUUACCUAUUGAUG